AUGGUGCCAGGGUCUCUCUCCACCACCGCCUUGGAAAAGGAGGGAGAUGUGUGUGUCAAAUAUUCAUCUAGUCCCCUGGGGGAGGGGAAGGGUGGGUCUAGAUAUAUUCAGAGAACUAAACUCCCUGCAUUGGGGCCGUGGAUUGGGGACGCCAGGCCCCCGCAGACCUGGGAAGUGACAGAGCAAGUCUGGGGGUCUGGGGUGGGGAGUACGGGAGGAAAGGGCCUUCUUAGGAAGAAGGAUAGGAUGGGGUCUUGGGGUCAGGAUGCCUGGGUCUCUCCAUUCCCCUGUUGCCGUCUGAAGUCCUGUGCCGUCUUGUCUUUUUUUUAUUAUUAUUAUUAUUGA